GGAUGUGGUGCUAUAAUUUUCUUGACGGAAGACGGAGGUCUGAAUUGGUACUGUUGUGGUGGCAUCAUGAAGUCCGAGGGCGAUAAGGCGACGACGGAGAAGGGCAAGGUUGACGACAGAGAAUUGAGGAAAUUCCAUCUCACUUCCGUUUACGAUGAACAGGGCACCGACUGGGUCGACGCCGACAAGAAAGUCAGCCUCGACCUAGCCCUGUUCAAAGGGCCGUCGGGGGCAGGUUCAUCGGAUAAGGCUGCGAAGAGGAAACAACUCGCCACAACUCCACCGCAACUGCAAGGACCUGCUGCGACUGCUGGCACUUCACGCUCGCGGCAGACGGAUCUUCAAGCCGUCGACCAACGGUCUGAGGAGCAAACGGAAACGGAGGAGGAUGUUGGGUUCUGCGGACGGGACGUGGGGUUCUUGGAGGACUCACGACGCGGGGGCGCCGGAGGAGACAGCGAAGGGAACGUGGAACUCGAACAACGUCCUCGUGGCAGUGGGCGAUGUGAUGACGACUGUUCGGAUGAGGAACACAAUGACAAGGAACAAAGUGAAAUGGGUGCUUCGAGUGGUGGGCCACACAAUGACAGGGAACAAAGUGAACGAAUUCAGAAUGAGGAUGAGCAGGACGAUGGAGGGGAUGGCGAUGUAGAAACGGGUGGGGCUUCGAAGAGUAGGUCUAAGCGGAAAGCAAAUGCAUCCCUAACACCAGCAGCGAUGAAGAAACGAGCCAGAAAAGAAGCUGUGGAUGAUGCUCGAUGUGCCUUGGAUGCAUCACAGGAAACGCUUGGCGAAGCCGGCAAGAAACGUAAAGAAGGCAGUUGUUUUCGCAAGACAUCGCAACCUAAGAGGGCUGCACGUUCAUCAAGGCUUCUUAAGUCAGAUGAUUCAAGUGAUGACGCUGAAGGGGUGGGCCCUCGUCGGCCUGACCUCAUUGCCGAGGACGAAACGGAAACGAAGAAGCCCCGUGCGGUCGACAUAACACGGUGCUUCUUUCUCAAGUACGAUGAAGACGGCAGGAAAAGAAAAGACGUGCCAAGGGUUUGCAUAGAUGUCAUGUCGAUUCUUCCGAUUCCUGAGGGGAAUAUCGAAUUCAACCAGCGGUCGCUGAACAAGGCAAUUGUUGCAGGUCUCGAUGCAUUAAUUGAUAGGUCCACUGCUCAAAGGGGUGUGGAUGAUGAUGCUCCGUGGGAAACGUCGGAGUUGAUACUCGCUCCAAUUACGCCUUGUGCGAAUGACCCCAAUGUCCAAGGAACACGUGUUCUUCCGGAGGACUUUGAUUGGAGGCGUGCGAAGGAAUACUUCUAUUACCCGGUUGCUGGGCAGCACACCGAAGAGGCCAUGAAAAUAGUGGUACGUCGGGGAUCUUCUGUUGUUGCCAUUUACGGUUUGCACGAUUAUGACCGCGUGCGCGUUGUUUACUUUGAUGACGAUCGCAAACACGGGUAUUCGGUUGUUUCGACAUACGACAACACAAGAGGUGACCAUGCCAUGUUACCGUCGUUCCACCAGGCGUGUGAAGACAUAAGAGGUUUUUGGCGGUUGAAGAAUUACAUCGAGCCUGUGGGUUUCAAGGUGGCUGAAAACGACAUCAACGGUAAAAUACACCAGGAGACGUGGCGGGAAUUCAUGAGGGKUUGCAUGACCCGAUCAUGUGAAAAAAGCCUUUGGACUGAGGCCUUGCAUCCGAAGUGGCAGCCCGACUGGUCGAACCGGAUGAGAGGAUACAUGAACGUGGCGACGUGUAAGAGGUGGAUAUGGCCGUUGGUGAAAGAGUUUUUUGAGAAGUUCGAAGUAGGAGAGUUGCCACUUUACGAUGGCAGGCGCCCUAGAGAUAUGCCGGGGAGGCAAGAGGGGAAGCUUCCGGGGCAAUAUACGGAAGAAGUCAAUGGGAAAAAGGAGGGGUUCCAUUGCAUCGCGGCUAAGGACGGGGGGUAUGGAGCCACCGUCACCUUCAAAGAUCUCGUUCUAUCAAACUUCAAAUGCUUUGGAGAUAUGACGGCGCGAGAGAAGGAAGUCGCAUUGAGGUUGAUGAUCAACAAGAAGGUCAUAGCCACCGCUAGACAGGUUCCUACGGGGAAGUUGAACAUGAACAACCUCCUCGACAUUAUCAUGCGAGAGAGGUACAUGAUGCAUCUCUUCAACUACAUCGUGUUCAAAUCGGAGAACAGAGAGAAGGACGACUGGAACCAAGAGUUCUUCUUCGAUUACAAGGGCAUGACAGAGAGGUACGGUUUUUCAGCGGAAGCAUGGGACGAGGAAAGGGAUAAAAUCCCUUUGAAGUACGUUAGGAAGGUUCCAAAACGACUUAGUGGCGACCAAGAAAUGAAAGGCCUGAAAGGAGCAGGGUUGAAGGCCACAGAGGCAUUGUAUAAAGAUGCGCCAUUUCAUUUUAAGGUCUUCGUGUACCAGGCGAUAGGAAAGGUGGAUUUGCUCACGGCAGAGAUGCAGCGAUUAUCAAAUGCUGCGCUUCACCUGUUGUGGGAAGGGAAAGGGCGACGAGCAACAUUGCUGCCGAUUAAUAUGAACCCAAAGGAGCUACUGCCUGCGCAAGAUGACGUCGUUACCGCUGCCACAAACCUUAAUUGCAAGGCCACCAUCUUGGAUCUCGCAUUACCAUCGCAUUGCUCUGCCUGGCCGCCGGAGGACUUCAACGCUCUAUACAAAAUGAUGUCAAAGUUGUGCGGCAAGAAUUGGACAUUGAUCGUCUUCGCGCCACAGAAACGUCACAAGACCGUCAUGCGACACCUCUACAAUUGGGAGAACGUUGAGGUGAUACCAGGCACUUGGAAGCGCUUUAUGGGGGUCGGAACGGCUGUCAAUAAAUAUGGGAAUAUGCAAAUUGAGAGUAAGGACACGAUGGCAAUCGUCCUGCAUGCCGAGGGAUGUGACCUCAGAAAGGUUACAAGAGUGCCGCGCUCAGAAGCGGACAUUGUGGAAGUAAACGUCGUGGAACAAUUUUUUAAGCGGUGUGCAGCAAAACAUGGCAGCGAUGAAGGCAGUGAAAAAGAGGAGUAUGGGCGUUGGGAACGAGAGCCGCGGCGGCUACAAACCUUAUGCAGCUCAUUUCUGCAUGAGGACGAAGGGGUUAUAGUCUUUGGGAAGCCACAUGCUGGCCUUGUGUGGGAGCUUUUGCGCGCGGGGAACCAUGUAUUUGUGUGCCAUGCAUCGUCCAAAGACAUCGCAUAUUUGACAAAGGCCAUCGAAAUACUCGCCAAGGAUCCUCGAAACGAUUGCACCAUCGAGAAACAUAAAAGCACACAACGCUCGGACAAGGACAUGUACCACAAGUUGGGAAAGAAGAGAAAAAAAAUGUGGGAGUACUUGUUCCAGGGCAACCCCAAGACUGCAUUGAAUUUCCAACACGAGUACAUCUAUCGUAAAGCGAUGGCACAAGAAGUAUACGGUGGUUACCACAAGGCGGAGGUGGGGGCAUUCGCGUUGUUUGUGGCGCGAUGCGAAGAGAUGAAGUUUCAUGAGACAAUGCAGCAAGUUGACGUACAACGACUACAGUGACGUCGCACGUAGAACAGAUGCGUGGAAUCUGAUUGACAGCGAUGAAGAAACUGAGACCUCGGACCUUGAAAUCGA